GGCUCGCUCUUACAAAGUUAAAAACAGACUUUGUUUAUCUUGCAGGUUGUUUGCUGAAAUGCUCUCCGACUAGUUAACCUACUUUUCGCCCUCUCUUAGUGUUGUUAUUUUACUCUUCCCAGCCGGAAGCGCUGAGAAGCGCGCGAAGCCCCCUUUUUUUGCUUAUUUAACUAUUUAAUUCUUUAGCAUUUCUGCUCUCUUUGUAAUUCAAUUUCAUUGUUUGUGUGUGUGUGCUGAUAUCGUGCAGCGCAAAAAAAAGGGGUUAGGGCUCUAGUUUCUCUCCAGCACGUGCAUAUUGUCAACAGACUUUUUCACUAAAUAAAUCCCUCCUCAGACGUUUUGGCUUGCAGUUUUUUGGGGGGGAUUUGUUGCAGCUGAAGCUCGACAGGAGGAGCUCACCGUGAGGAUUUUUAACCGAGCAUUUGGAGAGCGCCAUGGCGACCGAAGUGGAUACGUGGUCCUCCGCUCCCAAAGCCGAUGGGGUGUUCUCUUUCGACGAGAACCUGGCAGAGGCUAACCGUCCCUACAGCGCUGACGAUGACUUGCUGAAUGAUGCGGAGGUGAACGGUAACUGGACGCCUCAGGAGAAAGCACUCCACGAGGCGCGACUCAAAGCCAAAGCCAAGCGCCGCCUGCGCAAGUCCUCGUCCCGCAACUCCACCAGCGAGUCCUUUUCUGAGUCAGGAGAUUUGGCAGGAAGUGACCCAAACAGUCCAAAGGGCAAAGUCAACACCAAUGACCGCAAAUCCAGGACGGGCAAAGGCAGAGGCCUGCCAAAAAAAGGUGGGGCAGGUGGUAAAGGAGUUUGGGGGGCAGCUGGGAUGGUUUAUGAAGAUGAAGAGCCUGAUAUGCGGGACCCUAACUACGAUGAGUCCGCUCAGGGUGACACAGUUUAUGCAACAGUUGUGCCAGAGGUAGAUGAGAAGGAACUGGAAAAAAUGGUCAACCCAAUCGUACAGGAGUACUUUGAACAUGGAGACACAAAAGAGGUCCAGAUGCUGCUGAAGGGGCUCAACCUGGGCCCACAUAAGUACGAGUUCUCCUCCCUGGCCGUGUCCCUUUCCCUCGAAGGCAAGGCCAGCCACAGAGAGCUGACCUCCCGCCUGCUGUCUGAUCUGUCUUGCAAGAUGCUGUCACAGGGCGAAAUGGCCCGCGCCUUCGACAAGAUACUCAAAGAGCUGCCAGACCUCAUACUGGACACACCAGAGGCUCCACAGAUGUUGGGCCAGUUUAUAGCCAGAGCCAUAGCGGACCACGUCCUCCCCAUGUCUUUCUUGGACUGUUACAAGGGCAAGGUGGACUGUGAGCACGCAAGAGUGGCUCUAGACCGCGCUGAGGUGCUGCUGACCAUGAAGAGGGAGAUGGUACGUCUAGACAAUGUGUGGGGUGUGGGCGGAGGCCAGAGACCUGUCAAACAUCUCGUCAAAGAGAUGAACCUCCUGCUCAAAGAAUACCUGAUAUCAGGAGAUGUGUCGGAGGCGGAGCAUUGUCUGCGAGACUUGGAAGUCCCACACUUCCACCACGAGCUCGUCUAUGAGGCUGUGGUGAUGGUGCUGGAGUCAAAAGGAGACACUGCUAGUCAUAUGAUGAUGAAGCUGCUGCAGUCCUUCUGGAAAACAGGCCUCAUCACAGUGGAUCAGAUGAACAGGGGUUUCCAGCGUGUCUAUGAUGAACUCCCUGAAAUCAACCUUGAUGUGCCACAUGCUCACUCCAUCAUGGAGACCUUUGUGGAGCUCUGCUACCAGCAAGCCGUCAUCACCAAACAGCUGAGGGAUGCCUGUCCCUCCAGAGGACGGAAACGUUUUGUAAGCGAAGGAGAUGGAGGAAAGAUCAAGAACUAAUCCACAAGAGGAACAGAAAGAGCAGGAAGAGGACGGGUUUCUGACAGGACCUUACACCCUGUUUCCUCUCCAACAUGUUUCCCCUGAAACCGGGGCAUGCUGGCAGUCUAAAGUUUCCCUCUCCCUCUCCUGAUAAUGUUGUCAUUAAACAAACCAGCAUUGACGUUUGGUGAAAGUAGACUGAAGAGUCGCCCAGGCAUUCAGUUCUGUUCAUCUUGUUAAUCACAGUUUUUGACAUUUUUUUUGUAAGAAAAUUCUUUAUUUCUGGGGUGGAUGUGCCCCUCUUGCCUCAGUCUUUGUAUCUGUUUCUCAAGAAUCAUUUGAGUCAGAGCUGCAGACAGAUAGAUGGACAGGUUGGGGUGUGUGGGAGAUGAAUUCGGGUGUCUUAUCUCUUGCUUUGCUUCACCCAUUGCCAUGUCUUAUUUUUCUUUCCAUGUAAAGUGCUAUAAAUGAAAAAAAGCACAUAAAAGAUGGAGCAUACUGUACAGUCAGCGAGCACUUAGUAAUUUAGCUCAACAAGAAUCUUACCCUUUUUUUUCUCUCACAAAUUUUUCAAAAUUAUUUCAAGGACAACGCGCUUUGUACCUUCUGGUUCAAGUAGUUCUAUUGAUCCUUCAUGAAAAGGGUUUUUUGUUCUCUUUUUUUCUUUGCAUCUGUGGUCUCUGAGGCCAGAUGUUCACUUUGUUAAGCAAGCAAGAAGUACUUGGGUUGUUAUUUAAACCUCACAUUUGGGUGAUACACUUGGCAAGCCCGUUUCUGAGAAAAAAUAAAUUGGAGUUAAUGUGUGUUAAAAAAAAUAAAAAAAUAAAAAUAAAAAAACAUACAAAAAACAUACAUAAACAAGCAAUAUUUUAAGCUCUCUGACUUUGAUUGCAAUUAAUGGUUCUACAGCUCACAUGGUCAGCAAUGGAUUCUGGACAGGUAACCUUACAACAUAAAGCCAAACCUUAUGCAGAUAGCAAUCUGGACAUUGUCUGACAAUUUGUUUACUGGUUUAAUAUAUCUGUGAAAUAGUGACCUCUUUUCUUGGAAGACUACAUGUUCAGUAAAUUCAUAUUUGCAUAUUCUGGCACAGUUUGUAACCGUUUUACAUGUUGACAAAAGUUCAAAAUGUGGCUAAGAAAUAUAUUUCCUUCAUUAAAAAGCAACAAAAUGAAGUUUCUGUAUUUCUUUUUUUGGUGGUCGUGCCAGCAGUAUUGAUGAAAAAGUAACCAGGGGUAAUAAAUCAGUGUAGUAGAAAUGUACAUCAAUCACAUUCGUUGAUCAGUCAUCAGCUGUGAAAUGUCGGUCAUGUACCUGAAUCUUCUGUCAUUUUAUCCAAUUUCUCAACUUUAUAACAAAACAGGUGUAAAAAUAUUAAACCUGAGAGGCAGUUUGAGGCCAAAGCUUGGAUUUGUGACCCAAUUUAUGGUACAUUUAAAGAUACCUGGCUAUGUGUCUUCAUAGCACAGCUUUAUUAUGCUUACAGUGUAAAUAAGUUGUUGAGGGAAAUUAUGUUAAAUGGUUUAUCUUUGGAAACUGGUGUAAUUCACAGGAUGCACUCAUUCAUGCAUGCAGCUGUCUACUGUCAAAGAGGCUAUGUUUAUGUUUUGUAUUCCUACAGUCAUCUUUGUACUGUUGAUUUAUUUUGGAUCAGCAAACUGUUGACCACAUGCUCCCCUUCACACAAAACUUCAUUUUAUAUAUUUCAAUAAAAUGACAUUUUUUUCCCUC